AUGUCUUCCUCUGCCACCAUCGCCGAGCUCUGCGCUCAUCUCAGGCUCAUCCUCGACUCCUCGCUGGACGCGGUUUCUCUCAAUGAGCUCCUUGCUAGAGUUGAUGCUUUCGUCCUGGAGUGCUCCGCAUCCCCGGAAGCGGGUACGCUUAUGCACCAGCUCGAGGAUGAGCUUCAAGUAAUCUACGACGAUGUCGUCGGCCACGCCCUCUUCCCGCAAGCCGAGAUCUUCUUGGCUUUCCUCUAUCACCUGAGGCCCGUUCUCCCCUCCAGCUCGAUCAUCUCGACCUGGUUUGACCUGGUGCUCCGGCCGACGCUCCGCGAACCGAAGCUCCCUCUUCCUGCGGUGAACUAUGCGAAGGAGCUGAUCACUUCUGCUCUCGACCCUGGAAGCAACUUCUCUUCUGCUGCAGAAGAUGACCCUGCGGAGGUUGAGAAGCAAAAGGAGCGGGUGGGUGACUUCCGGAGGCGGCUCAUGGACCUGUACCUUCUAGACGCCUUUAACGAGAGCUCCGGGGAUGACGUCUUGGAGUGGGCAGAGUUGGAUGAAGUACAGAGGGAGAAGAAGGCGUACUGGAAGGCGAAUCUCGAAGACGUCCUUGUAAGGGUUGCCCUCGAACGACCACAUGACUUCCUCACCGAGCUCUAUCAUUGUUAUGUCUCCCCGACUUCACGUCUGCAACUCCUCAUACUCUUGAACGCCUACACGUCGGAACCUGCCUUCCCUGACCACGCCCAUGUUCUUGCCUCUCACCCACUCAUGACCAGCCUCCUCCACUCCCUCAUCUUCGAUAACUCCUCCACGGUCUGCACUAUUGCUUUGACCGUACUCAUCAAGCUCCUACCAAUCUUCGCCAUCAAGGCAUGUCAACAACUCAAGAGCCUCCUGCCGCUUCUGCUCGUCGUCCUCGCACGAAUUCUAUGCUGGAAGGAACGCCAAUCAUCCUCUCCUAUCGUUCCCGUUCUACCAGAUCCUGACGAAGAUGACGAAGAUGAUGCGCUAGCAUCUGACGAUGACGAGGACGUCGUGCGUGAGGGCUCGCGCCCGCUCCAGAUCCGCGAAGACAUCGAAUGGGAGCGGUUGGAACUCACUUUCGACGGCCCGGCGUCGAAAGCACCGUCACCCGACCGCUACUUUACGUUCUUGUAUUACCUCUUCCCGUGCAAUGUGAUCCGGUUCUUGCAAUGUCCAGUCCGGUACUUGACGGACAACGGUGUGGACAGCCUAUACGCCGUCGAAUGGGAAGAGGCUCUCGAUGCGGAGAAGAUCAAGAGCAAAAGUGAGCCGUUGCUGCGCAGGCACGUCUUGCACCCGCUGCUCAUCUGGCGCGAAGCGUCGGAAGAGCUGGAGCAGCCGGACUUCUGGGCCUCGGAGCAGUUCGACAUUGCGCGGAUCGUCGGCGGCGCGACCAUGCUCGAAGCCCGCAAUGCAGCGCUCGGGUCGCGCCAGCCUCAGCCAACGGGCAUAUCCGCCGCACCCGUCAGGACCCCUUCUCCUGAAGCUCCGCGCCCUCCUUCGGCAGACCCUUCUGCGUCGCAGACGGAGGCAUGGGAUAGUGCCCCCCUCUCAUCGUCGCUGGAGACCGUGCAUGUGGAGGCGGACUUCGCCCCAUCAUCCACUCCUGGACCGCAUAGGAUCUCGCUCACCCACAUGGUCGCGACCUCGGUAGCACUGAAGUCGGGACUUGACAUCGCGAUCGUGGACCCUUCCCCCGCAUGGUCGGCAGUCUUGUUCCCCUUGCGACCCCGCACACGCUCUUCCUCACGAGCGGAACGGGAGUCCCUACAGCCUUCGGAGGAGCAGGUGGAGUCUCCGCCGACGCCUUCGCAGUCCGAACACAGCAAGGACUCGGACGGAUCGUUGCCGCGGCACGUCGCGCAGGCGAUCUCGGCGCUGCAGAGGGAGGUGCUCCUACUGAAGAACGAGCUGAACCUCGAGCUGUGGACGACUCGCGAAAACGUGAAACACAUCGGGCGGUUGUGCAAGGACCGCGUGGUGUCGCGGACCGAGGAGGUGGAACGCCAGGGCCUGCACAACAAGCUGAAGGAGUACAAGCACACGGUAGAUCGCUUGCGCAAGGAGCUGAAAGAGGCGAAGGAGCAAGCCAUCGCCGCUCGGUCCAGGUAUACGGAUUGGAACAAGGAGCUGCAGGACCGGGUGGCUGGACUGCGCACAGAGAAGAAAGCAUGGACCGCUGAAGCUGCGGCCAUGCGCGCUGCGGAGAAGGAAGCCAAGGACACAUUCGCCGCGCAGGGCAAGCUGCUUGCGGAGGCAAACCAGCUGGUGUUCCAUCUGGAGACGAAGAUCAAGGAGAAUGCGCCCAAAGUGGACAGACUGUACGACUACGAGACGCAGAUCAAUCAACUCAUCAAGCUGCAGCGGCUGUGGGAGGCGGAUGUGCACAAGAUCAACGACAGCAAGGAGUACCUGGCGGCGUUCGCGAGCAAGUACAGAAAGAUGGAAUUCAGGCUAGACGCCUUCGAGAACGCUCAGGUAGAGGCGGAGCAGAACGCAGCUGCGCAGAGGCAGCAGAUUCUGGAACUUGAGAACAGGAUCAAGCAAUCACAGAAGGACCUGGAAGCGGCGCGGAAGACCACACAAAUGCAUAGGGAUACGCUGGGCUCGGAGGAGUACCGUAAAUUGGAAAAGGCGAACGAGAGGUUGCGGGAUGAGAACGAGGAGCUGUGGCAGGAGAACGAGGAGGUGAAGGCGAUGGUGGAGGUGCUGAAGGGGCAGGUAAGCGGAAGACAAGGACUGGUGUCCUCGCCAAGAGCAUCGCCUACGUGAGCUGUACACAAUGGAGGUAGACAUAGGAUGCCAAAUGCGGAA